AUGAGAUCCGCCUACACUAUCCUCGCUGACGACCCGGCUAUUGAGAAACCGCUCUUGGACGAUCGCAGCUAUAGAUUUAUCAAACUAGACUCCAACGACUUACAUGUAUUAUUGAUCAGCGACCCCUCCUCAGACAGAGCGGCUGCUUCCUUGGAUGUUCACGUGGGAUCGUUCGCCGAUAAGGAAUAUAACGUUUCCGGUUUGGCUCAUUUCUGUGAGCACCUCUUGUUCAUGGGCACCGGCAAGUAUCCCGAGGAAAAUGAAUACCUGAGCUACUUAUCCAAACACUCAGGCCACUCCAACGCAUAUACUGCGUCCGAACACACAAACUACUUCUUUGAAGUUAGUUCAGAUUACUUGGAAGGAGCCUUGGAUAGGUUCUCCCAGUUCUUCAUCGACCCUUUGUUCAGCAAAAGUUGCAAGGACAGAGAAAUCAAGGCCGUUGAUUCUGAAAACAAGAAAAACUUACAAAAUGACAUGUGGCGCUUGUAUCAGCUCGACAAACUGACAAGUAACCCCAAGCAUCCAUACAACGGAUUCUCCACAGGUAACUUCGGCACAUUGCACGAGGAGCCUGCUAGCAGAGGCGUCAAUGUUCGUGACGUGUUGCUUGACUUCUACAAAGACCACUACUCCUCCAACAUCAUGAGUUUGGUCGUCUUGGGCAAGGACUCUCUCGACGAUCUUACCUACUGGGCCAUCACAAAGUUUUCUGAUGUGCCUAAUGCUAAUCUUUCAAGACCAUCAUACAACGGACAGCUCAUUUAUAAGCCUGACAACAUGGGUAAGAUCUUGAAGGCCAAGCCUAUCAUGGACUCCACCAAGCUAGAUCUUACAUUUUUGAUCCCCGACGACCAGGAACAUAACUGGGACAAGAGGCCUGGAAGCUACUACUCGCACCUCAUUGGCCAUGAGAGUAAGGGUUCCAUUUUGCACUACUUACAAAAGAAAAACUGGGUUAACGAGCUCUCUGCUGGCAGCAUGAAAAUAUGUGACGGGUGUUCGGUAUUUUCUGCAGAGCUCGAUUUGACUCCACUGGGAUUGGAAAACUGGGAAGAGAUUGUUGUUCACUUCUUCGAGUACUUGAAGAUGCUCCAAACCCAAGAACCACCAGAGUGGUUAUGGAAGGAGUUAAGUGACAUGUCCAAGAUUGACUUCAGAUUCAAGCAGAAGGAGAGAACUUCCAACACUGUUUCAAAAUUGAGCAGCUCUUUGUUCAAGUUCAAAGAAGACUUCUACAUUCCCCCAGAGAGAUUAUUAAAUUGUACCGUCUUGAGAGAAUUCGAUCCCCAAGAAAUCAAGAAGUUCGGCAACCAUUUGAACCCAUCUAACUUGAGAAUCUCUUUGACAUCCCAGACAUUCGAAAACCUACCAAACAAGGAAAAGUGGUAUGGCACUGAGUACUCGUAUGAAGACAUCUCUGAAGGCCUCAUGAAUGCUUUGAAGAGCGUCUCCGUUAACAGCGACUUGCACCUUCCUGCUCCAAAUAAGUUUAUUCCCGAAGAUUUCACCGUCAAGGGUGAAAAGGUCGAGAAGGCCUUGCCUCAUCCUUGGUUGAUCACAGACACACCCAAAUUUGAAAUCUGGUAUAAGCAAGAUGACAGAUUCAGGAUUCCCAAGGGAUCCAUCAGUCUUGUUGUGCACGCGCCACCAUUGGGUGACGAUAUCGAGUCCUCCGUUUUGGGAUUGCUUUUGGGUGAGUUGAUGGAGGAUGAGUUCAAUGAGAUGAACUACUUUGCUGAUCUCGUGGGGUUGAAAUUCUCCCUUCUGCAAUUUAGGGACUCCUUCUCAAUCAAGGCUAGUGGAUACAACGACAAGCUUCCUGCUUUCCUUGUGGAAGUCUUGAACAAGUUUGUCAACUUUGAGCCUAAGCUGGACAGAUUCGAAUCCAUCAAAUACAAGAUCGCUCAAGAUCUCAAGAAUGCUGGAUAUGAUAUUCCUUACGCCCAGAUCGGCACUCACUUUUUGCAAUUUUUGAACGAAAAGACAUACCCAGAUACCGAAAAGGUCGAAGUGCUCGAGAAGAUCACAUUCAACGAUUUGCAGAACUUCACAAAGGAGAAGUUAUGGAGCAAAGGUAUCUUUGUCCAGGGGUUGAUUCACGGUAAUUUCGAGUACUCCACUGCUAAAAAGGUUAGUCAAGACCUCGAAGAUGCUUUCAAUGCCAGAGAGCAAAUUGCCGAUUCCAAAGCGCAGGUUGAUGAGAUUGUCAGAUUCCAAAGUGUUCAUUUGGACGUUGGAGAGAGUGUGAGGUAUGAAUUACCCUUGCAAGAUCCAUCUAACGUGAACUCAUGUUUGGAGUACUUCGUUCAAGUCGGAAAAGUUGAAAAGAAUAAUGCUCGUUUGAGAGUACUCACCGACUUGUUGGCGACAAUGCUUCACGAACCUUGCUUCAACCAGUUACGUACCAAGGAGCAGCUUGGAUAUGUCGUGUUCUCCGGAUACAGACUGACCAGAUCCUACUUUGGCCUCAGGGUGCUCGUCCAAUCUGAAAGACCUUGUGAUUAUCUUCAGUACAGAGUCGAAAAGUUUUUGGAAUCUUUUAAGAAGCAAAAGCUUGGUGGUGCACUUACGGAAGAGGUGUUUACGAAGUACAAGCAGUCUUUGAAGAACAUGAAGUUGACAAAGUUGAAGAACCUUGGUGAGGAGACCUCACUCUACUGGAAUGCCAUCAAUAACGGUUACUAUGAUUUUGAACAGAAGACCGAAGAUGUCAAGAUUUUGGAGACUGUUACGAAACAGGAGCUCGUCGACUUCUUCAAUGAUUACUUCGACGUUCACCAAAGCACCAAGUCAGCUCGUUUGAGUGUGUGUUUGACGCUGAGAAAGACUCCAGUGUUUGAUGACAAGAAGAACUUCGUCACCGCUGUCCAUAACUACAUCUACGACUCCGAGCUGUCUAUUGCAACGGAUGAGAUCGACAAGAUAGUUGAGGAGAAGGGCGCAGACCUUCAAGCCGUAUCCAACACCAUUUGUGGCUCCGAAGAAGAAAGAAGGAAGUUUGUUUCGGAGAUUGAAGAGAGAACUAAGCAGCCUACACCUACUGGAUAUCCAAAGGGUAAGCUUGAGAGUAACACCUAUCGCUUCCAAGAGACACAUCCACGCGGCGGUGCCCCACAACCAGUCUUGCCAUUGAGCAAGUACUACUAUCCUCACGAGGAAGCCCAUCUUUAA